CCUCCGGAGACAACCGUGUUGCCGGCCACAACCCAGUUUUCUGAUCAACCAGGAGGCCCGGAUUUCGACCGUUGGCAAAUAUUCCUUUGCUAUGGUGCUGGAUUGAAUGAGAUGCAGGAGUGGGUCAUUACACCUGUCCUGUGCUCCAUCCCAAAGAAUGAUGUUCUCACUGGAAAAUUCUCAGUGGAUAUUGUCGGCAUUAUUGAUAGGUAUAUUGGCCGGCCAUUGGCUCUAAACAUAGCCCAUGUGCGAGGUUGGCACCGAGAGAACCUUGGAGGGAUCGGCGGUGAUUAUAUGGACUACAAGGACGUCGUUUUGUCUUUGCGAACUCAAAAUGAAGCAGCUAUUGGUGGCUUGGAUGGAAGAAACUUCCACUUCCUUGGAGCCGGCCUCUCACCGAAGAAGCCAAGGAAUUUGCCG